UUUUCAGGGUACUACAGCCAAAGAUCUCCAUCUGAUGGCUUCUGGAGGUGAUGCUCUUCUUGCCCUUACGGGUAGACGUACGACUGGACAAAGCAUCCGCACUCAGAAUGUAACGGCUGCUGUAGCAAUCGCAAAUAUCGUUAAGUCGUCGCUGGGUCCUGUCGGACUUGACAAGAUGCUUGUAGAUGAUGUCGGAGAUGUCAUUGUUACGAAUGAUGGUGCUACGAUCUUAAAGCAGCUUGAAGUGGAACACCCAGCCGGGAAAAUCCUUGUGGAGCUAGCGCAGCUUCAAGAUGAUGAGGUUGGCGAUGGCACUACCUCGGUUGUCAUUGUGGCUGCCGAGCUUUUGAAGGCUGCUGAUGAGCUAGUCAAGAACAAGCUUCAUCCAACAACAGUCAUCAAUGGCUAUAGACUUGCCUGCAAAGAAGCGGUCAAAUACAUGCAGGAGAACCUUUCUUUCUCUGUUGAUGAACUCGGACGCCAAUCUCUUAUAGAAGCUGCAAAAACAGCAAUGAGCAGCAAACUCAUAGGACCCGAUUCCGACUUCUUUGCUUCCCUCUGUGUGGAUGCUGCAGAAGCAGUGAAGGUCACUGAUUCCAGCGGAAAGAUCACUUACCCUGUUGCUGCCGUUAAUGUGCUUAAAGCUCACGGAAGAAGUGCUCGUGAAACUAUGCUUAUCAAAGGAUACGCUUUAAAUUGCACUGUAGCAAGCCAAGCUAUGCCACUCGUUGUUACGAACGCCAAAGUUGCAUGUCUUGAUUUUUCUUUGCAAAAGGCCAAAAUGCACCUUGGUAUCUCUGUGAUUGUUGAAGAUCCUGAGAAGCUAGAGGCAAUCCGAAGAGAAGAAUAUGAUAUCACAAAGCGACGAAUUGAAAAGAUCCUCAAAGCAGGUGCAAAUGUAGUUCUGACGACUGGCGGUAUUGAUGAUUUGUGCUUGAAACAGUUUGUGGAGGCAGGUGCCAUGGCCGUUCGUCGUUGUAAAAAGACGGACCUGAAGCGCAUUGCAAAGGCCACUGGAGCGACGCUUGUUAGUUCGUUGGCCACGUUGGAGGGUGACGAGGCAUUUGAUGCUUCGCUUCUUGGUCAUGCAGAAGAGGUGGUGCAAGAGCGCAUCAGUGAUGAUGAAUUGAUUUUGGUGAAAGGGCCUAAAGCGCGCACUGCAAGCUCUAUAAUUUUGCGUGGUGCCAAUGAUGUUAUGCUGGACGAAAUGGAGCGUUCAGUGCAUGAUGCACUAUGUGUUGUGCGACGAGUACUAGAAAGUCGUCGUCUUGUUGUGGGUGGAGGAGCCGUUGAAGCAGCCUUGAAUGUUUGGCUGGAGGCCUUUGCAACAACCCUGUCAUCCCGUGAGCAGCUUGCUGUUGCUGAGUUUGCGCAAGCUUUGUUGGUGAUACCGAAGACCUUGUCAGCUAAUGCCGCCAAAGAUUCUACCGAGCUUGUUGCAAAGCUCCGAGCUUUCCACCAUAAAGCUCAAACUAAUUUGCAAUUACAGCAUCUGAAAUGGGCUGGUUUGGACUUGGAAAAUGGUGACAUCCGUGACAAUCGCGUUGCAGGUGUUAUCGAACCUCUACUCAGCAAGGUAAAAUCUCUGAAAUUCGCUACAGAGGCUGCUAUCACCAUUCUGCGCAUUGAUGACCUUAUCAAACUGGACAAGCCAGCACCUUCUAGGGGUGAAGAUGAAUGUGGAGCCUGAAGAUUCAGUCUGCUUAGGCGUUUUUGUUUUUUACUUUUACACUUGUUCUCGCGUGCAAAUAAGAUCAUCAUGUUUAGCUUUCGCGUCGCUGUUCUCUGCGAUCACUUGUUUUUGUUGUUUUAUCGUAAUUUUGAAUUGUUUGAAUGUUCAUGAACCUUUUGCUGAUGACGGUGGUGUUGAAUGCA